AUGUUGGUAUCAAUGUGCAUUUCUAUCAUCUUCAUUGUCGUCGAUGUGCUGAGCGUGCUCGGUGUGUUUCGAGGCGCUCUGCCAACAGGACUCAAUCCAUUCUGGAAGAUAUCCUUCGUCUGCAAAUGUUUCUGCGAUGCCGUUAUCCUCGAUGACUUCAAGACGGCCCUGGAUAAACUGCGCGACUACUGGCUCUUGAAGAACGCAACAGAACCGAUCAACAGCGAACCUUCUAGCAGGCACAACGAUACCCGACGACGUCGAAGCCACGGCACCAUCGCUGCCUCCAACACGAUGAUAAUAGUCGAGCCCGAGCCAGCGAAGAGUCGAAAUGGAGAGGGCGCUAGUUGGAACUGCACGCCGCCUCUCCCGUCGAACUUCCCGAGUACGCGACGUAACUAUCCACGGGGGUAUUUGCACAGCGGCGAUGGGAUAGUUUGA